AAUAUUUUCGCUCUAUAUCAGCAGUUAGAGAUCGGCAUUUGUCCAAUCAACUUUGACGUGAACAGAUUUAGUUCUUCUCGCACAAACCACGCCCACUCCUACUUGGUUGUUAUUUAUGCAUGUUGCAUGCACCUCUACAGUUUUAGAAAUCAGUUUAGAACUUACUGCUCGGCUUGAAGAUUCUGGACUUAUCUGCAGGUAGUGACGAGGCCAGAUCUGCAGUCUCGUCGAAUUCUCAACACAACCAGGUACAUGAAGGAUUUGACUCUCGGCUUGGACAAAUAAGACAGAACAUCCUUCAUUAAACACCAAAUUGAGUUCUACAAAUAUUACCGUCGUUUGUUUUGACGAUCUUGGGAAAGGUCUUUUGUAUGCGCAAUCAGAAACUUCAUAUUGUUGUUAGACUUGCAAACAAAGUCAAUUGUCCAAAUGCUUUUGUCUCUGCAUGGAACGUACAUUAUCAUUCUUCAGAUAUCACACUUCGCGUGCAUUUCCUUUAAAAGUUUGGAGUGCAAAGGGCUCUAAUUCGCUCUGUGAGAUUCAAACAUUGUCAAAGGACUUCACUUUCGCUCUCGUCAAAUCGUCAAAACAAGAUUUCUUGGUGUCAAAACAUUCAACUUUGCACCCAAGUCAGCUGAAGUGCUCUCGAAUGACGAAAUAGCAGACAUUUGUGCCUCAGAAAUCUCUCUGGUGUCGCGUUGCUAAGUCAUGUUUUUUCUAGGCACAUGAGUCACACGCUAGAACUUAUAAGUGCUCUUACAUUAUACUGUUGUAUUUCGCUCCACUUUCUGUCUGCUGUUACUACUACAGAAGUCAUGAUGGCCAUGCAAACUAAUAACGCUCAAUCAUGGCGUCUCGUCGUGACCAAGGCAUGUCCGGCAGGGACACCAAGACCAGACCUCCAUCAGCUCGUGUUGUAAGUCGUCGUUCCAGGUCAGCCUCAGCUUCAGGUCGGACAAGGCAGUGUCAGAACCGACGCGGGGUGAGCUGUGAGAGGGACACAAGUCUAGAUCGCGACGACCGGGUAAACGGGUAUUGCGGGAUUAGAUUGGACUUGAACUGCAUCCCAAUGUUGAAGUUUUCUCCUCCAAGGGCCUCGACGCCGAAGGGCGAGGGGCAGAGCCCUGUCUCACCUCCGGGCAAGAUGGCAGGCUUGUUAAACUCUCAAUUGAGUAUGUCUAGCGCGUCCUCUACUGUGAGUUCUAGCGGAAGCUCCACGUUGAUUGGCGCCCCUCGCGCGUCAGAUGUAAUGAGAAUACUCAAUGAUUUCCGCAAGGAUUGCCUACUAAGUGACUUGAUUUUGCAGUUCUCGACCGGCGAGAUCCAUUGUCAUCGGCUGGUCAUGGCUGCCAGCAGCCUGUACUUCCGCGGAAUGCUUUUUAGCGAAUCUGGACGAAUUUCGCGAAGAGAGAUCAUCCAGAUGCAGGGCGUGGAUAUGAACAUCAUGCAGUACUUGGUGGACUUUGCCUAUACUGGAUCAAUAAGCGGUAUGAGCAGAGACCGCGUCCGCAAACUUAAAGAACUAGCUUCCGUCUUCCGUUUCCCAGAGAUCGGUGAAGCCUGUCAUGUUUAUCUGGGCCGCUCUUUGAGAGAGAACCGAAACAGAUCAAAGACUCCUACCCGGGCACCCGGAAGGCAGAUCUUCCACCCUGGAAGUGGAAGGUCCAGUAGUGGAAGUGGAUUCAGUGGUAGCGAAACAUCUGAACUGUUUUCACCAAGUCCUCUGUUAGGUGCUUCGCCGUUGGUUGAGUCGCCUCAGACUGCGCAGGUAUCGCCAUUCCAGGAUCACAUAGUGACGAGUCCUAAGGCCAACGGUGCCAAGGAACUCUUAGAGGGUAUUGCAAGCCUCAAUGAAGCACUUGGUCGGAAGCAUCCAGAUGUCGGUAUUCUAUACUUACCUGAUCAUGUUACUUCAGUCAGUCGACGCAUAUCGGCAAGUAGUAGCGAAUCCUCUAACGACGCUCCAAGUUCAGCUUCAUCAGAACUGUUCUCUUUUGAAGAUCGAUCUUUUGCUAUUAAGAUGCUUCGAGAAUUUUACAAAAUUCGCAAGGAGGGUCAGCUCGUCGACGUUGUCCUGCGAACAGCCACGCGCGAUUUUCCGUGCCAUCGGGUUAUUCUUCAAGUCCACAGCCCAUCCCUUGGAGCAAUUUGCCAAAGAGAGCUUGAUGGCUCGAAAACAAUGGAUGUUUUCAUCAAGAGGAUCAACCCCGACACAUUGCAGAAGGUUCUGAACUAUUUCUACACCGGCAAGAUAGCCAUAUCGCAGCGAGACGUGAAGUCAGUCUUCAAGGCUUCAAAGAGGUUCGGUCUAGACGCUGUCCGUGAAGCUUGUACAGCCCUUGAUGAAAGCAUUGAUAGGAGUAGCGUCCAAACAGACGAUUCUGGAAUAUCAGCACCAAGCUCGCCAAAUUGCACGUUAGACUCGCCCGGUAUCUAAACAUGCUAAAUUUAAUUGUAGAAUACUUAAAUAAUAGGCUCAUUUGAUUAUUAUGUGUAUUUGAACCUUCAGCGAUGGAGGAGUGGGUGGGGCUUGUGGUGGUUGGGUGGGAGAGGGGAGGGGGCUGGUAGGUAAGGAAAGGGCACACUCCUAAUUUGUCCACGCCAAUUGCCACUUCUGGCUCUUGGCCCAUAAUACACUAUAUAGUUUAUUAAGAGUCAAGUUUAGGAUCGUUUAAAUUUUUCAUUGGUACAGGAGAAGGUCAAUUACUUUCCUCUGUUUUGUGUUUCAAGAACAAUCUAUUUUGUUGUGGUCUCGUUUUAUCAAAAGAUUGGUUUUCUUUUUAGAAUCUUCAAAGAUAGUCGCUUCAAUAAUUUUGUAGGUAUUUUCUCUUAGUUCACUUUGAAAUAGUUUUAAAAUUUGAGUGAGUUAGAUGUGAAGACACUUUCGUUCAUUAUAUGUUUUUGUUUAAUGAAAUAAUCAGGUCGUAAAAAACUGCUUUCUAAAAAGCAAGAUAAUUUUUUCCUGGUAUUAAAUCAUUUCUUGAGAGUAUCAUAUACCACGCUGUAUAGUAUGUAUUUAUGUACUAUUUCAUUUAUGACACUGAAACACUUAUGCAUUCGUACGUCUUUCUGACAGGAACUGUAAAGAUAAUUCUACAUAAUAAAUUAUUAUAGAAUGUUUCAAAAUACCAUAUAUAUGUUGCAUAUGUUUGUGUUGUAUCAUGUUGAUAUUCGUACGUACGAAAGAAUUAUAUAUUGUUUUAACUGAAAUAAUUUUAGUAUAAUAGUAUAUUAUUUUUUAUAACUGAAAAUGGAGGAAAAAUUUUACGUGGGUAAAUGCCGUUGCGCACGAGACGUCGUUACCUGCGCUAAUUAGACCUGUGUAGGUAAUUAGCGCAUACGCCAAUAAUUCAAUGUAAAAUUUGUUUUGCUUAUUUGCAUUCAUUAUCUCAA